AUGUGUUCCGGACCAAUGCUGAAAACAACAGGAGUCGUUGCUUCGAUUUCUGCAACUAUUUUCCUCGGCAUUGGGAUGUACUACAUGCUUACUGGUCAGGGCCACAAAUACGAUAUUGGAUGGCUCUUAACCAGUACGUCUCCAAAUAUGUGGGCUGGCUUGGGAAUAGGAUUCUCCCUCUCACUCUCUGUGCUUGGAGCUGGAUGGGGAAUUUUCACAACUGGCACAUCAAUCUUUGGUGGUGGAGUCAAGACACCUAGAAUUCGUACAAAGAAUUUAGUUUCUAUCAUUUUUUGUGAAGCAGUCGCCAUCUUUGGGAUCAUUAUGGCUUUCGUCUUCAACUCAAAGAUGGGAGACUUCGAACGUGAGAACCUUGACCUGUCACAGCCUGACCAAGUGGCCAUUCUUGCUAGAAACAUUGCAGCCGGUUAUAUGAUAUUCGGAGGUGGCCUAACUGUCGGCUUCAGCAAUCUGGUGUGUGGUUUGGCUGUCGGCAUCAUUGGCUCCGGCGCUGCUCUUGCUGACGCUGCGAAUUCAUCCCUGUUUGUAAGAAUUAUAGUCAUAGAAAUAUUUGCGUCUGCUAUCGGUCUUUUCGGAAUGAUCAUUGGUAUUUUACAGACCAACAAGGCUACUAUUGGAGUCAAAUAA